AUGACUGAGGGCCAAGGGCCAGGAGGAGGAUUCACCACAGUCAAGGCCGAUGUCAUCCUCCAUGCGGCCAACCUCAUUGCAAGCACUGGCAAGACUGAGGAUUUACAUCCAGGUUUUGUCCAAGGGCUAUUGGGAGACGACCCGGACUUCAAGGUCCCCACCGUGUUUGAAAGAGAAUACCUGCUGGAUGGAAGACUGAUCACCGAAGAUAGCCAUAACGAUUGUCAAAAAGGUAACGGCUCAUACAUGGCCAGUGCAAAUGAGCUUAAUCUCUACAAAGAAAAGAGCGAGGUGGACUUCCCGCCUCAUGCCGACUCUAGCGUGCCGUGCAUGCAAUCAAACUGUGCCACCAAUCAAAUCCCCAAUGGCGCAAGAGCAAAAGAGUCACGCUUUGCCGAUUCUAAAUCAGAAACAGAUCAAUCAGACUUGCCAUGCAACCCUGAGGGCAGGGCAGUUAUGGUCGAUUCAUUGUCUGGUAGAACUGAGCCUGAUUUAGUCAUUGAAGUCGGCGGUCGAACAAUCAACGCUCACAAGUCAGUCCUGGCUGAAAGGAGCGACUACUUCAAAGCCCGACUUUCACGAAACAUCUUGAAAGUGAAGGGCAUGAGUUACAAGACUUUGUCUACUCUAAUCGACUAUGUAUACACUUCCCAGAUGAGUGUUUCUAAAGACAAUGUUGUAGAUGUCAUUACAGGGGCUAAAAUCCUCCAGAUCCCUUGCGCCGUCCAAGCAGCCAUGGACCGCAUGACAGAACAAAUCACUGCGGGGAACUGCUACGAGAUUUUGACUAUCGCCAAAAAGCAGCGACUUAGUGAACUGAAGGAGACCGCCUACGGGUUCAUGAGUGACAACUUCCUACAGAUCCUCAAGGACCCUUCCGUGUAUGGGCGUCUAACUGGAUCCGAGCGCGACCUCGUUCUGAAGAAGAGAAUGGAUGGGAGGAAGACUCUCAUGGCUGCGGAGAUCAAUGAUGUGUUUGAACGCGUUGGGAGCCGACCGCCGAGCCGCUGCGGGAGCCGUCCUCAGAGCCCUUUGUCCGUGGGAUCUUUGGAGGAGAGUCACAACAUCUAUUCUUUCAGCGAAGUGGCCAACGACUGGAAAGCUUUGACGGCCAUGCCUGAGGACGUCAACACUAAAGGCUGUGGAAUCUGCACAAUGUACAACUACCUGUUUGUCGCAGGUGGAAUAAAAGGUUAUGGAGACAAGGGGAGGGUAUCAGACAAGGUGUUCUGUUACAACCCCAAAACGAACCAGUGGGGAGAAGUCCGACCCAUGACACAGGCUCGUGCCCAGCUGAAGCUUGUCUCCAUGGAUGGGUACCUGUAUGCCAUUGGAGGGGAGUGUUUGUUUACCGUAGAAAAAUAUGACCCUCGUAUGGACCGCUGGACGGCGGUGGCCCCUUUGCCGAAGGGAGCCUUCGCUGUAGCUCACGAGGCCACAACCUGCAACGGUGAGCUUUACGUGUCUGGCGGCUCGCUCUUCUACCGCCUUCUCAAGUACGACACCAAGAGGGAUGAGUGGCAGGAGUGCCCGUACAACAACAGCAGAAAGAAGUCGACCGAUAUGGUGGCGCUGAAGAGCUUCAUCUAUCGCUUUGAUGUGACCCGAGAGCAGGGGAUCAAUGUGUUCAAAUACAACAGCAUAGUGAAAAUGUGGCACGAUUGUGCUUCGCAAAGGCUUGGCAGCUCAUUGCCGUUUAGGUGCGCUGUCGUCGGCAACUGCAUCUACUGUGUGAACAAAAGCCAAACUCUUCAGUUCAUGGUAGAGGAAGAGAACGCCUUCUUUGUGGAGGAGCCGCUGAGGGCGCCUCUCGAAGCCAAAGGCGUUCUCUUCCCUUUUGUGCUUACUUUGCCUGAAAAGCCUGAGAAAGUUUCGCCCAGGUGCGAUUUAGUGUUACAAAACUAG